GAUGGCGGCUGUGGCCGGGCAGUUGACGAUGGCGGUCGAUGGUAGUAGGGAAAGUCGCUCAGAGCGGGAAGGUGAUGAAUUACCAGUUCUGUUCCCUGGACUGGUGAGUGCGGAUAGCUGCUGCCGACUGGUGUGUGAGCUCCUGAAACAUGUCCUGUACCAGAGGCAGCAGUUACCACUCCCUUAUCAACAACUGGCUUUCUUCAGUCGGACUGACUCUGGCCUGGCAGACAGUUCCACAUUGCCACAUUCAAGAAGAAAUGAACAGAAUAAUUGCAAGAAAUUUCAGAGGGUACUGUCUGAGCUCAAUGAGAUUUUCCAGAAUUUGGAGGCAAUGUUCAUGCUGACACUGGUUCCUUGUGUGCAUAUUCUGUUGGGUGGUAGUAUUGUUAAUCCAAAGGAAAUGUAUGAGAUCAACAUGGAGCGGAUUGUCUUUGGCAGCACUGAGGAGAGCUUGAAAACAGUCUCUUGUAUCCGAAAACUUUUCCACACUCUCUUUGUCAAGGACAUCUUUAACGAAUUGAAAUCCAUUCCUUUGAUGAACACUGUGCUACUUGUCCAAGGACACAGGGAUUGUGGAGUUCAGUGGUUUCGACCCAAACUUAACUACAGAAUUCCAAACCGCACCAGGAAGCUGGUUAUUAACCUGGCAUGUGAUACAGUGAACUUUACAUCAACUGAGCAGCCGAGUUAUAACCAUGAUGACUAUAUCUGGUUUCAAGCACCUAUAACAAUCAAGGGAUUUCAUUAAUUAAUGUAUAAACCUUUUUAAUAGUAGGUGCCACUUUCUGCAAUAUUUAGGUGGUACAUACUUUUUAAAUUAUAAGGACUGGACUUGAAUAGCCUAUUAUUUCAAUUUGGAGGAAAAAUAGUACAGUUGUAAGUUUUUAUCUCAAUUGGGCCUGUCUGGGUGACCCUUCCCAUUGGAAGGAGAUAUUAAUCAUGAUACUAGACAUUAGGUUAGAGGUAAGGAUUUGGUAACAUAUCAAAUUGCCAAAUUGGAUCAGAAAAUGUGAGGUAAUUGGUUUUAAGUGGAAGAUAAUAGUGACUAGGCUGUCAGUAAAUUAGUUAGGAAUUACAUUGCUCAAUAAAGGUAAAGUCACCCUUGUCUUAUUGGUAAAUAGGGCUGCUUUCUCAUUCGAGAGAGACAACUGGUGGUUAACCUGAGAGUUACCAAGCCUAAGCAUAGGGAGAGAUUGAGAAGCAGAGUCCUUUGUGGUAACCUUUGGUCCAAGAAUUGAGCCCAGACUGAGGACACUACUGCAUUGCAAACUGAGCUAACAUUGGCAAAUAAGCAGAAAGGGUCAGAGUGCCUGAUUUGGUCAAUGAUAGUUGGUCUUUGUAUCCUUGGUCUAAAAUUGGGAAUAAGCUCUAAUUUCUUCUCUUGAAAGCUAUCCAGAGGAACUGCUUUGAACCAAUCUAUAACUGCCCUGUAUGAGGGCAGCAUGAGAGUCAAGGUCCAUAAUGAUAACUGCUCCUGUAGAAACUAAGAGGAGUAGGCCAUAUGAGCUGUGCAACCCCUUCCACCAUUUUAAUAAAAUCUUGACUUAGCAGCUCUGCAACCCCAGAUUCCUUCCAAUCUCCUAUUUCUUGAUUCCGUUUAUGCUGUUGACACCAUCACCAUUUAAAAUUUUUUUUCUCACGUUUGGCUUGGAACUGAGUUACAGUUGAGAAUUGAACUUUGAACUUCAGCUUACUUUGUUUAAAAAAAGGGAAAGAACAAAAGACUGAUGUUUUCUAUUGGAAAUUGGUCUAGAAAAAUAAUGCAGGUUAGGUACUGCUCUAAGAACACUAUAGACAAACUCACAUCAAAGUGUUAUAGAACAUUACAGCACAGUACAGGCCCUUUGGCCCUCGAUGUUGUGCCGACCUGUCAUACUGAUCUCAAGCCCAUCUAACCUACACUAUUCCAGAUACGUCCAUAUGCUUAUGCUUAUGGACUGGCAGUGAGUUGAGUGUUGAAUUGGUCAAGGGAGAACUGGUUUUGGCCUGCUAACUGCAGACAAGAUUAAAAAAUAAAGAGAAAACAAAGAGUAAAUUGGCUGUGACCAGACAGGAUGGAGGCAGUAUUGCUUCAGAAGCUAUCGGACUGGGAAUCUUUUUUUUGUUCUGUCUCGUUAUCCUCCAGUUAUCAACUUUUUGAAAGCUCUAAGGAAAGAAUCCCAGUUGUAAGAAAUAGGUAGAAGUCUUGAGCAAUCUGCAGAAGCUGUUUGCAUUGACCGGUUACUUUAGAAUUCAAGCAAAGCGUACAGUCUUACAUUCUUGUAAUACGUUCCAUCAAAGGAUUUCAUGAAGGUCUAGUAUUCAUUGUUGAAACAGUUAUUUAACUGGCAAAUCAAGAAUUUUUUUUGUUUGUCUGUUUAAUUUAUCCCUGUUUAUCUAUGUUCUAGUAAAGUUACAUGAUUAAUACACUGUUAAUUUUUGUUGGUUGUAAAUGUGUCCAAGAUUUGUUAUUUGUAAAGUCUGGUUAGGAACAAUUGGGCAAUUUUGAGGAUCAUUGAAUCUUUUAAGAUCACUGUGUUGCAAAACCAGUGAUAGUGAAUAAUUUGCUUUGGUUUGCUUUCCCUGUGUCAUAAGUGCUCAAAAAUCUAUUGGCCUUGAAUUUUGAUGUGCUCAGCAUUGCUGUCUGGGUAGAUAAUUCCAAACAUUUAACUUUAAUUAUUCCUUCAAGAAAAUAUUAAAAACCAAGUACUUUAUUAGUGAAAAAUUAACGUGAAGAAUGAUCGAACAUUUUGUAUCAGCUUUUCAAAUAUGGUGCUCACAA